UGUUUGACGUAUGCAACCAAACAUACAAUCAUAACAUAUAUCCAAUCGCUGCUUGUCCAAUCAAUGAAUACACUGAUCUGACCAAGAUCUGGAUCGAAUCAAAGCUGAUCUUAGAAGUGAUUGUAAUUGUUAAAACGUAGUGAAUCUGUGAAUUCGGUUUAAAAAAAAAAAGUAAUUACUAGUGCAAAACUUUCGGCCCCGCCUACUUGCAGUGGUUUCGCGUAUAUCAAUAAAGUAGUGAAGGUAAACACCUGUGAAGUGUCAAAAGUGUAAUUGUUGGUGUAAUCAUGUCGGCGAAUAAAAAGAUUGAAGAAGGUCUGGAACACAUUAAAUCAGCAGAGAAAUGCCUGAAAACUUCGUUGCUCAAGUGGCGGCCCGAUUUCGAUGAAGCUGCAGAUGAAUACAACAAAGCUGCCACAUGCUUCAGGAUUGCCAAAUCUUUUGAGCAAUGUCGGGACUGUCUUUUGAAAGCAUCAAAUUGUCACAAGCAGAAUAAGAAUGGAUUUUACGCGGCGAAAGCCCUUGACCAAGCAAUACUGGUUUGCAAGGAAUUGAGCGACUUGGGAAAUGUAGCCUCGAUGGCCAAGCAGGCAGCUAACUUAUAUCAGACGGGGGGAAACGCUGAAUCCGCAUCGUCGUCAUUGGAAAAAGCGGCGAAGAUCCUGGAGCAGAAACAUCUCAAGGAUGCACUGAGUUUGUUCCAGCAGGCGGCAGAAAUAUCCAUCAUCCAAGAUAGUACCCGACAAGCCGCCGAAUAUAUGAGCAAGGUCGCCAGGAUCCACGUCAAAUUGCAGGAGUACGACCUCGCCGCGGACGCCAUCCGACGCGAGAUGGGUCUGCACCAGCAAAGCGAGGCGUACCAAGCAAUAGGUAGACUGGCCGUUGCCUUAGUUUUAGUGCAGUUGGCGCGAGGAGACGUGGUUGCCGCCGAGAAAGCUUUCAAGGAAUGGGGGAACUGCUGCGAAGCACCCGAAGUGCAGUGCCUCGAGAGCCUGUUGACUGCUUACGAUGAGGAAGACCGUGAUCAAGCAAAGCGGGCGCUCGGCAAUCCUUUCAUCAAAUUCAUGGACAUCGAGUACGCAAUUCUCGCACGCGACAUGCCCUUACCAGAGGAAACGCGGGCACCGGUGAAAGCUCCCGAAACCGUAAACAUCGAUAAGGAGGAUACAUCUGGUCAUGAGGAACAAGGUGAUCAAGCUGCUGCCGGAGAAGCGCCUAUUCAUGAAGACGACGAAGAGGAAGGUAUCUGUUAAGUUUCGUAUGAUGAUGUACA